AUGAGUGACAAAAAAGUGUUUAUGGGCAAGAAAGGUACGAAAAUAUUGUAUCCAACGCGGCGUCGGAGCAAUGUGUCAGCGAGACGACCGUUGAAUAGAUUUGAGGCUGAGAGCGAUUCGAUAGGAGUCAGUACUUCUGCCAAGAAAUUAAAAGUUAGCGAUGAAGAUUUUGAUAUAAAAUAUGAAUUCGGCUAUAGAAUUAUUAACUUCUUUGCUGUUUUCUCUGCCAUUUCGCAACACGUGAAGUGUAAAACGUGCGACUCAGACAUAACAUUUCAUGAAACGAGUCCUCGAGGUUUAGGCUUCAAAAUAGUCAUCUCUUGCCCGAAUUGGUCAAGAGUUGACAUAUCAAGUGGUAAAUUCAUACGAAAUGGAUAUGAAAUUAACCGUCGAAUCGUGCUAGCAAUGCGACUAUUAGGAGUGGGACUACAUGGAAUAAUUAAGUUUUGUGCAUUCAUGGAAUUGCCACGACCGAUAUUUCAAUCUUUUUACGACAGAUUAGUGGAUAUGAUUUCGAUCGCAACGGCAACCGUACGAGACGCUAGUAUGAAAAAAGCGGAAGAAGAGAAAAAGAAAAGUGAAGAAAAUGGACUAUUUACAGGGAUAACUGUUUCCGGUGAUGGUUCGUGGAGGAAACGUGGAUUUUCGUCGCUUUUCGGAAUCACGUCAUUGAUUGGAUGGUUCACAAGCAAAAUCGUUGACGUUGAAGUGAAGUCGAAGUACUGUAAGUCUUGCGAGCACUGGGAGAGUAAAUCUGGAACAGCUGAGUAUGAAGAAUGGCUCAAAACACACACCGAUCAAUGUCAAUCGAACCAUGAAGGCUCAUCUGAUGGAGGCCUCGGAGGAAAAGGUAAAUUAACUGCCAAAUUAAUUGACCAAUUGACAAUUUAUUAUGGCUUGGCAAUACGGCGGAAUCCGAACUCCUUGGAACAUAUGAAAAAUGAAAUCUGGGCGACCUUAUUUCAUAAAAUGUCAACCGACGAAAAUCCGCAGCACGAGAAGUGCUCAAAGUCUUGGUGUGACUGGAAGAAGGCGCAAGCAGCGGAUUCGUUAAACACCUUCCAUCAUAAGUCGCCGUUAUCGAAGGAAGUUUGUCAAGCGAUCAAACCGAUUUAUGAGGAACUAAGCCGUGACGAGUUGCUAAAUCGUUGCUUGGGAGGCUACACGCAAAACAGCAACAAAAGUUUCAAUGCUACUGUUUGGAACUUGGCUCCUAAGUCCUACUCAAGUGGCAAAAAAGUUUUAAAUAUAGCGACUGAUAUUGCUGUGUGCAAUUUUAACGACGGUCUGACUAAUAUUCUGCGAAUUAUGAAAGUUUUAGAGAUGGACAUUGGCCCUCAAGCAUACAAUUUUUGUCUUGAAGCCGAUGCUAUGCGCAUCAAGCACGCCGAGCUGUCUUUGACAGAUGCAGCAAAAGAGGCACGUACCAGCAUAAAAUCAACGAGGAAAGAAAAUGAGGAAGAAUAUUUGAGCAGGGAAGGGCAGCUUUAUGGUCCUGGGAUAGCAGAUUAA